GCUGGGGCGCAGAGAUGGCGGCCAGGCCCCGCGGGACUACAGCUCCCAGGGGGCACCGCGCCGAGAGGGCGGGCACGCGGGCGGCAGCGGGCGGAGCUGGCGGCGCUCAGCAGCCAAUGGGAGGCUGCGCUCGGCCCUUGACCAAUGAGCGCGGGGGGCGUGGCCGGCGGGACGUUUGAAGCCCCUGCGGAGGAAGCAGCUGAGUGCGCUCUCAGGACUUUCGAGCCCGGAGUUGUGUUUCUCGGUGUACUUCAGCCGGUGAUUUCCAGAGCUUUGCUUGAGUCGCUGCUGUGCGGAGCCCAAGGGCCCUGCCCGGAGCCCGCUGCGGUCGCCGCCGCCGCCGCCAUGGCGCUGGUGCCUCCCCCCGGGGAGGGCACCGUGGCCGUCAUGGUGCGAGUGCGACCCCCUGCAGCCGGCGAGAGAGCCGCGCAGCAGCCGCUGCUGAGAGUCGUCGACCGCAACACCCUCGUGUUCGACCCCGAGGGGCUGGGUGGUGCCUCCGGCCCUGCGCUGCCUGCCCGCGGCACCAAGCACCCGAGGAAACAGCAGAAGUUCGUCUUCGACCGGGUGUUUGGGGAGCAGGCGAGGCAGGAGGAGGUGUUCCAGCACGCCACCCGCGACAUGGUCGGCAGCGUCCUCGACGGCUACAACUGCUCCGUGUUUGCCUACGGUGCCACGGGAGCAGGGAAAACCUUCACCAUGCUGGGCUCGGAGCAGAGCCCUGGCAUCAUCUACCUCACCAUGGUGGAGCUGUACAAGAGGCUUGAGGCCAUGAAGGAGGAGAGGACCUAUGAGGUCCUGGUCUCCUACCUGGAGGUCUACAACGAGCAGAUCCAUGACCUGCUGGAGCCCAAGGGCCCUCUGAGCAUCCGGGAGGAGCCUGGCAGGGGAGCUGUGGUCCAGGGCCUGUCCUUCCACCAGCCCAGCUCGGCAGAGCAGCUGCUGCAGAUGCUGCUGAGCGGCAACAGGAACCGGACGCAGCAUCCCACGGAUGCCAACGCCUGCUCCUCCCGCUCCCACGCUGUCUUCCAGGUGUGCGUGAAGCAGCAGGACUGUGCCGCUGGGCUCGGUGGGGCCGUGCGAGUGGCCAAGCUGAGCUUGGUGGACCUGGCGGGCUCGGAGCGAGCUUCGGUGGCCAAGACGAGGGGCGAGCGGCUGCGGGAGGGGGCCAGCAUCAACCGCUCGCUGCUGGCCCUGAUCAACGUCCUGACGGCGCUGGCGGGCGGCAGGGGCAGGAGCGGGCACGUCCCGUACCGGGACAGCAAGCUGACGCGCCUGCUGAAGGACUGCCUGGGCGGCAACUGCCGCACCCUCAUGCUGGCUGCGCUCAGCCCCUCGCCGCUGGCCUCCGAGGACACCUACAGCACGCUCAAGUAUGCCAGCCAGGCCAAGGCCAUCAGGGUCUCGCUGAAGCGCAACCUGCUGAGCGUGGACUGCCACGUGUGCGGCUACACGGAGCUGUGCGAGCAGCUGAGAGCCGAGGUGGCGGAGCUGCGGGCCAAGCUCCGUGCCUACGAGGAUGCUGCCCGGGGGUCCCAGAGCCAGGUGCCAGUGCUGCUGCCUGCCCACUCUUCUGGCCCCUCGGAGCUGCCCAGGGCUGUAGCUCCUGCCGUGAGCUGCCCCCCACAGCUGCAGUCCCUGCACGAGGAUGGCAGCUUCCUGGCUCCCGAAGUGGCCUCCGAGGAAGUGCAGCCCCAGGCCCAGCAGGAGGCUGCUCCAAGGCAGGAGCAGGUCCCAGCUGCAAGCACAGCUGCAGAGCUGAGCGGGGCCAGCCCAGCCCAGAGGAGCCAGCAGGGCUGUGAUGGGCAGGAGCCAGCUGAGAGCUCUGUGGCUGUGCCUGGCGCCCCUGUGAUCAGCUCUCCCCUGCCCGGCUGGCAGCACCUGGCUCCGCUCACCAGUGCCACGCUGCUGGCCCUCAGCCCCAUUAAGAAGAGGGAGAGGUCCCCUGAGAUGCCAACUUCUUCCCAGCUGGCAUCUCCCUGCGGCCUCUCCCCACGGGUGAAACGGCAGCGCAGGUGUGGGCAGCAAGCAGAGGCUGCCAGGGCAGGGCAGAGCCUGGACAGCCUCUGCCUGCCAGCUGCAGCCCCAGCACCCCCUGGCACCCUGCCAGCCUCGUCCUGCAGCUCCAGCCUGUGCCCAGUGACAGUCACCCAGAGCCGUGUGCCCCUGUCCCAGCUGGCAGCUCAGAGUGGCUGUGCCCUGCCCCAGCCCUCUGGCCCUGACCUCGAUGUCACCCAUGAGGUCUGCAGGCUGCCAGCCUCGGCCAGCAGGCCUGGACCCUUGGGCUGCAGCGUGCUGCAGGCCCCUGCCUGGGAGCACAGCCAGAGCCCCCUGGAGAAGCAGGAUGCCCUCUCAGUGCCCAAGGCUGCAGCUCCCAUUGUGAGCCACGACCUCAAUGUCACCUAUGAGGUCUGCAGGGUGCCAGCCUCAGCCAGCAGCCCUGAGCCCCUGGGCUGCAGUGUGUUGGAGGCCCCCAACAGCCAGAGCCUCCUGACCAAGCAGGAUGCCCCCUCAGUGCCCAAGCCCUCGGGCCGGGCAGGUACCACCAAGGCACCCUGUGUGCCCAAGCUGCCCUUGGUCUGCAGGGCAUCUGCCCUGAAGCAGAAGGCACAGGAGAGAGCCAUUUGCCCCACCCUGGGUGGGCAUCGGAGCCGCAUCCCCCAGCUGUGGAGCAGCAGGCAGAGAGCUGCCAAGGCCUCUGUGUGCCAGCCCCAGAGCAUCCUUCAGGGCCUCUGAGCGGCAGCGCAGGAAGAGGAGCCCAGAGCGUGCCCAGCCCCGGGCAGAGCAGGAGCCGCUGGGGCUGUGUGGGCAGCCCUGGGCACAGCGCUGGGGCAGGGGCGCGGCGCUGGGGGCCAGGCCCCGGCGGGACUACAGCUCCCGUGGUGCACUGCGCGGGGCGGGCGGCGCUGGAGAGCCAAUAGGAGGAGGCUGCGCUCGGCCAA